GUAAAUAAAGCUUCGCAGAAAGCUAGCUACAUUAGCUCCAUGUAACUAUGAAGGUUAAUGUGUUAUUUUGAUGGUGACCAUGAUUUCAGUGAGCUAUAUUCUGUUGUGCGGGCAGCUGCUCCUGCUCCUCACGGUCAUACUGUUACAAUGUCUGGAAGGAAUUCACUCCCAGAACUCAACGAUCACUGAGACACCCUCUGCUGCCCCCAGUCAGGGAGCCACAUCUCUCCCGUUCACCGAUCAGCCGCCUGAAGUCGUGAAAGAUGAAAUACCUUCAGAGAGUACGAAUUAUACCGAGCCUUACGAGUAUAAACCCCCGUCACCAGUCGUCCUCUGCAGCUAUCUACCGGAGGAGUUCAUCUAUUGUCAAGACCCUGUAGAUCAUGCAGGCAACCACAGCGCCUAUGUGGAGAUGGGCCACGGUUGUGUUGGGUGGGGUGGCCAGACUCAGAAAGAAGUGAACCACACACCGGUUAUCUGCACUGCACUGGAUGAUAUAGAAUGUGCCGGACCCAGAGAAUUCCUCAGAGGGAAGGUACCCUGCAUCAAGUACACAGGACACUAUUUUAUCACCACGCUGCUGUACUCUUUCUUCCUGGGUUGUUUCGGAGUCGAUCGGUUCUGCCUGGGCCACACCGGCACCGCUGUGGGGAAGCUGCUCACCCUGGGAGGCCUUGGAAUCUGGUGGUUCGUGGACUUGAUCCUGCUCAUCACCGGUGGCCUGAUGCCCAGCGAUUACAGCAACUGGUGCACUUAUUACUGACAAAAGGACAGUGAACUCAAAUAUUAUCAGUUACAUAUUGAGAAGUCCGGGGAUCUGGCCUCAGCCUACCGUGGUAAUGAGUCUGUGGGUUGGCUUGUUCUGAGGGGAUUUACAGCGGUGUCAUGCAAAGUGGAAUCCAGGGAGCUCCUCAGGGCUCCGACAAGGUUCCCAGUGGCUCCAAAGUAAAAUGAGGAAUAAUUUGAUUUCAUUCUAAUUUAAUUGACUUUGAAUAUCACUCUGAGAAUGUAUGAAAAUGACUAUUGUACUCAGAGCUUUCACUAGAGAGAGCCACAGUGAAGACAGUAUUGAGCUUUUUUAGUGGUAAAUUGUCAGUGAAGGUCACUUUCACACAUGUAGUUCAGUUUAAAGUGCUUAGACAUGCUGCCUUUUAUUUGUGGUGUGUGUCACAUUCAUACAGACAGGAGUAAACAUGACGUCAUACCAACUGACAAGAAACAUAUCAAUUGGACAGUUUUGGUGAUGUCAUCUUGCAUCAAUAGCUUCCUCAUUGGGAAGUCAAAAUUUGGUGAAUGCAUUCUUUCUAAUGUAUCGGGGCUAAUGCUCACACUCGCAUGGUGACGCACACAUGUGUUACCAUGGUUACUGAAUGUUUUGUGUAGGUACUGUAUACAUCUCUAAAACAAAUUGCCUCCAUGAUAGUUUCGCUUUCAGUUUCAGCUUUCAAGAACAGCACCCGAUUCAUAACUGCCCCUUUUUAAUCAAAGGUGCACAUGUGCGACACAGACCAACCACAACAUUUAACGAUGGUGGAUACAUGAUUUAGCACACAUUCAAAAGCUGUCAAGGAUUCAAUUUGUUAAGCAUUCAGUGUGCGCAGUUGAUCAUUCAGUAACCAUGAUGAGAGUAAUGGGCUUCCCUGAUGCAUCAGAAAGUGAAAGGGAGUUAAAACAGACGCGUGUUGAGCUUAUGUUCUGCCAAAAGAGUGGAAUAGUGAGCGUCCCUUCAUAACUACUUUGUUCUUCACUGUCUAUCACAUUGGAGACCCAUAGGUCAGUGUCCAAGUCUUCACAUUGGAGAAAUUGAGGAACAUCUGGUGGGAACUUGGAAUACAUUAGAAACUAGAUUUUUGUGCUUUUAGACUCAUUCUGUGCUGUAGCAGUGUUGCUGUACAAAAUCCUGCACACAGACCUACAAUCUUUCAUUCCAGUAGAAAACUGAGCAAUGAUCCUACAACUUUUCAGCUAAGUCCUGAAGGCAACACUCUGCACAGUUAUUAUCAGAGCUUCAAGCCUCUUCAAGUUAGUAAAAUAGCCCAGCUUUGACCUUUUGCUGUCCUCUUCAACUAUAUGUCGCCUGAAUCCUGCAUUUUCUCAGUACUUACACUGAUGAAUAUUACAGCCCCGAGCAAGUAGAAACACAGAUCUGAAGACAGAUAGCUAUCACACAAGUCAGGUGAUGAUUGAGUGAUUUUCCGUAUUGACAGAAGGAAUGUUAUGGUAAACGUCUUUUACCUUGAGAUUACGGGGAGAACUCCGCUCCCGACCCCCGUUAAGAAGUCUCCGACUAAAACAAAAUCUUGAUCUUCAUUGACUUUUUUCUUCCUGCUCUGCUCAGGUCUGGCAUUAAAUAUUCAAAUCCUCGUCUUACCGCCUUUGUUAAAUUUUCCCAUCUUUAUCUGCGACCAAAGGUUUAUGUACCCUUCCGUAGAUGGAGCAGGUUUCAUUACGUAAGGAUCCAAUAAAACCCCUUUUUUUUUUUAGGUCUCCUCAUAAAAAGUUGAAGAAGACACGAUCGCAGCAAUAUGCUUCCAGCAGGUGAUAUAUAUUUUCAGCUGGCUAAACAUCUUUUUUAAGAGGUGAGCAUUAAAACACUGCUUUACAUAUUCCACUGAAUCCACAAUAUGGCGCUUCAUAUGCUUGUCUUAAACACCUGUAAAAGAAUACGUUUUUUUCCCGAUAUUUCCUUAAAUCUGAAGGUUUUAAACUCAAAUCCUGAAUCCAGUUGUACAGAAUUGCCUCAAAUUAGUAGAAAGACAUACUGUAACACACUCAUUUUUGUGGAUGUAUAAUAUUGAUCCGCCCAACAGAAGCUUUUAUAUUUCUUUAAAGCGAAUCCACUGUGCUAUUUAUUUAUUUCUUAUCUGUUUGUUUGUGUUGUUGCAGGGGAUUUCAGGGGGAAUACUUAGCAAUUUGUCAGUGUAUGCUGUUCAUUAAAAAUUUAAGAAGGAAAACCGUAUUAAAAUGUUUAUUCCAGAUUGUUCUAUCAAUCUUUUCUGUGUUUUUUUUUUUUUUUUUUUUGUAAUUAAAGCUGCACAUGUGCUCCUGGAAUACCCGAUUUCCUCAAUCCAAAGUGUUCGGUGUUGUAUUUAUCACUGUUCACAGUCAUGACUCAAUAAAAAGUAUCUGGAA